CGAUCAGUUGCCGGCUGGCGUUCAUCGCGUUGGUUACGACACUUAUCAAUUGGCGAAACGUCUAUCGCCGGAGGAGCUUGGUGCUUGGAGCGUCCAUACUAGUAGCCCACCUGGUGUCGCGAUUUACGACAUGAAGAACUGGCUGAAGAUCUCGCUGCUGCUGUGCACGUUCGGCUUUUUCCGGGAGUUUCGACCUUCGGAGCCGUACGUCACGGAGUACCUGUCCACGGACUACGGCAACCUGACCACGGAUCAGAUCUACCAGGAUGUGUAUCCCUUCGGCACCUACUCGGUGCUGGCCCAGCUGGUCGUUGUGUUCCUCAUCACAGAUCUGGUGAGGUACAAACCGGUUAUCGUACUGUCGGCACUGGCUGGGAUUACCCUGUUUUCAAUGCUUAUCUGGACGGAGACCGUGGGAAUGCUGCAGGUGGCCCAAGUGUUUUUUGGCACCUUCACGGCCGCGGAGGUGGCCUACUACACAUACAUGUACGCCAAGGUCAACAAGGAGCAGUAUCAGGUGGUCACCGGCCACACGAGAGCUGCCAUCUUGAGCGGCAAGUUCCUCGGCGGCCUGUUUGCCCAGAUUUUGGUGUCCACCAACAGCAUGGACUACCGGCAGCUGCACUACCUCUCGCUGGCCACGCAGUUGAUCUCCCUGGCCGUGUCCCUGUUCCUGCCCAGUGUGCCGCGGAGCCUCUACUUCUACGCGGAUGUCGAAAAGAAUCCCACUCCCGACGGCGACGUGGCCGCACCAAAGUUCUCCUUCGUCAACGCCUGCCGCCUGCUGUGGUACCACCUCGUCUCUUCCUACUCGAAUCCCGUGGUGCUGCAGUGGAGUAUAUGGUGGGCACUGGCCACGUGCGGUCAAGUUCAAGUGAUCUCCUACAUCCAGUUCCUGUGGAAGGAAGUGGCCCCGAAUCACCUUAGCGUUUACAAUGGCGGAGUGGAGGCCGUGGCCACACUCCUUGGAGCGAUCGGGGCCAUUCUGGCGGGCUUGCUGAACUCCAACAAGCGACGCAGAUCCUACAUGACGGGCAUUUCUAUCUGUGCCGCUGUCCUGGGCGCCCUGCUCAUCUAUGCUGCCAAGACACAGGAGAUCUGGGUGGCCUAUGUGAACUAUGUGCUCUUCUGCGCCGUAUUCUUCUUCAUCAUCACGGUUGCGGGCGCCGUGGUGGCCGAGAAUCUGGUGGAGGACAGCUUUGGCUUGAUCUUCGGCAUUAACACGUUGGUGGGUCUAGUGCUGCAGACCAUUCUGACCAUCGCGGUUGUGGAGCGAGUUGGGUUCGCUCUGGAGCCCCGGGAUCAGUACGUGGUUUACGGCAGCUAUUUUUUGGUUUUGGGUGGAGUAUCUAUAAUUGGGUCUAUAUGCAUGAAAUUGUUUUGCACGAAUAACAAGUCGAGUGCGGGGAAUGUGGUUCCUUUAACGUAAGCUAAUAUGAGAUUUUAGGCAACUAAAAACAAGGCAAAAUGUGCAGUUUUGUAAGUACAGGAUUUCUUAUAAGGCAUACUGAAUGUGUAGUUAAUAAUUGAAAAUAGGAAACUAGCUUAUUUAUUCUAGCUUCAACAAAACAUAGCCAAUAAGAAAUUACAUUCUGUACAAUAAAAUCAAUUAAAGUAAA